GAGCUAAAACUAAGAGGAGAAGAAGAAUCCAGAAGGAAAAAAAAAAGCAGAAACAAUGUUGAUCACAGCAGUCUCAGGUUAUGAAACUGACGGAAUAUCCCAAUAGAACUAACCCUAUUAUUAUGCCUGUUCAUCUCCUCUUCGUUAAUUUCUUGGCUUUCCUUAUCUGCUCUACUGCUCAACAAUCAACUUUGCCUUUGUCUUUAACGAUUCAAUCUGAGGAAUCUUCUUGGUCGUCUUCGUGGAUCACUGAAGAUCAGGAGCUCGAGUUUCUGUUUCUCGAGCUGAAGCGACGGAGUUUAAGCAGUAAUCUCAAGAUCAUUGUCUGUUAUACUCUCUGCAACAUAACCCAUUUCUUUGUAGACCAGUGGCUACGUCGAAUUCGAGUUCUCAAUGUUCGAUUUAAACCAUUUAAAGCUUGAAGCUUUUCUCCCAUUUUCAUUGUUAAUGAUCUGAUCGUCGUUGUAGAUCAUCCUCUGCUUCAUCUUGUUGGUGUUUGUUUCACUUCUGUUCUUGUUCUUUGCCGUAAAUUGUGAAAUGAGCUUCUUGAGACCGUCGGCGUUAUACCGGUUACUUCCGACCAUUUCCUCCCUGCGAUGGAUGACGUAUCAGGCCUUGUCGUUUCUGCGAUGGCCCAAUCUUGAUGGGUUUAUGAGCUAUCUGGUGUUGGUGCUCUUAUGGUCGAUGUUUAUGGAGAUACGGUUCAUACCUUCCAAAUCCAUGUGUCCUACCCUUCGUGUCGGGGAUCGGAUCAUCUCCGAGAUGGUGUCAUAUUACUUCAAAAGCCCUGCUGUAGAUGAUAUUGUCCUUUUUACAGCACCUAAAAAUUUACAGGAUAUGGGAUUCAGGAAGGAAGAUGUUUUCAUUAAGAGAAUCAUUGCAAAAGCUGGUGACUUAGUUGAGGUUCAUCAUGGAUUACUUCAUAUCAAUGGAAUUGCCCGUUAUGAAGAUUUCAUAGCAGAACCUCCAAUGUACAAAUUGGGUGCUACUUACGUACCUCCGCACCAUGUUUUUGUGUUGGGUGACAACCGUAACAACAGCUAUGACUCUCAUGUUUGGGGUCCUCUUCCUAUUGGAAAUAUUAUUGGAAGAUACGUGACAUGUUUCAGACCAUAACAUUGAUCCUCGGCGAUAAGGGGGGUUUCUAAUAAUUCAAGAAACUGCCCCUUUCUGUGGGGUU